AUGAGUGAAUGGCCAUCAAAAUGGAAUAUUCAAAAAAAUAAUCAAGAUCAAAACUUUACUUUUGCUGAAUUCUACAAGUUAAAUAUUACUAGUGAACAAUUAUAUCUUUGGUCGGCACCAAUGAAUGUCGUUGAACGUUAUCAAUUUUAUUUAAAUCUACUCUUAACGUCCAACACAUUAUCUUCAUCAAUGGCAACACACACAUGUUCUAUAAUUGUACGUCACCCAAAUUUGGCCCAUUGUGUCAAUAUUCAUUGGAUGCUUACAAGUCUCAUCAUUCAACGUUAA